UUGCUGACAGAUAAUCCUAGGAUUCGCCCUGCUCGGAUCGUCAUUCCGGGUGUCGGCAAACUUCCCUUUGGACGUCAUACAUAACACAGGGCAGCGCCGCCUUCCAAAAAAAAAAAAAAAAAAAAAACGAGCGGCAGAAGUACUCCGGAUUCCCAGCUCCACCGUGAAAACAUACCGACACUCAAAGUAGCUGAUGGGAGAAGACGCGCUCACGUUUACUUUGUGCUCAGUGCUGCAUAAUAUACCCCGAGAAAAUCCGACAUCGUGAAUUUACAGACCCUCUUCGCCGAACGAAUAAAGGAGAUUGGAUUACGGCACGUGUCACUGAAAUUUAGACUGACACGGCAGGGUAAUUUUAGGUUGGGCAUGCCAGGAGCAGCCAGACGUUCAGCGUAGCCACUGAGCUGCUGGAGUCGGAACAAGGGGGCGAGGGAUCGAUCCGGCGGUGCGGAUGAUGGGGGAGACCGAGGACGAGAGGAGCGCCCAGGCGGGGCAGCUCUUCGAGAACUUCAUCCAGGCGUCCACCUGCAAGGGCACCCUGCAGGCCUUCUCCAUCCUCUGCAGGCAGCUGGAGCUGGACCCGCGGGACAACAGGAGCUUCUAUGGUGGGCUGAAGGCCCGGGUCACCUCCUGGAAGGCCAAGGCCCUCUGGAGCAAACUGGAUAAGAGAGCCACCCACAAGGAGUAUAAGAAGGGCAGGGCCUGCGUGGGCACCAAGUGCUUGAUCAUCGGAGGGGGCCCCUGUGGCCUUAGGACAGCCAUCGAGCUGGCCCUGCUGGGGGCCAAAGUGGUGGUGAUCGAAAAGAGGGACACCUUCUCCAGAAACAACGUGCUUCACCUCUGGCCCUACACCAUCCAUGAUCUGAGGGGCCUGGGAGCCAAGAAGUUCUACGGCAAAUUCUGCGCUGGAUCCAUAGACCACAUCAGUAUCCGCCAGCUCCAGCUCAUGUUGCUGAAGAUCGCCCUGAUUGUGGCCGUGGAGGUCCACGUCGGGGUGGAGUUUGUCAAGCUCCUGGAGCCCCCUGAGGACCAGGAGAAUGAAGGGCCCGGAUGGAGGGCGGAGCUGAGGCCAGCUGACCAUCCCAUCUCCGAGUUCGACUUUGACGUGAUCGUGGGGGCAGACGGACGCAGGAGCACACUGGAAGGUUUCAGGAGAAAGGAGUUCCGCGGGAAGCUGGCCAUCGCCAUCACGGCCAACUUCAUUAACAGGAACACCACAGCUGAGGCCAAGGUGGAGGAGAUCAGCGGCGUGGCGUUCAUCUUCAACCAGAAGUUCUUUCUCGACCUCAAGGAUGAGACAGGCAUCGAUCUUGAGAACAUCGUGUACUACAAGGACAACACACACUACUUUGUCAUGACAGCAAAGAAGCAGAGCCUUCUGGAUAAAGGAGUCAUUAUUCAUGACUACAUAGACACAGAGAAGCUCCUGAGCAGUGAGAAUGUGAACCAAGAGGCCCUGCUCUCCUACGCGCGUGAGGCCGCUGACUUUGGCACCCACUACCAGCUGCCCUCCUUGGACUUUGCCAUGAACCACAACGGGCAGCCGGACGUGGCCAUGUUUGACUUCACCUGCAUGUAUGCCUCGGAGAACGCGGCACUGGUGCGCGAGCGUUUCGGCCACCAGCUGCUGGUGGCUCUUGUCGGGGACAGUCUGCUGGAGCCCUUCUGGCCCAUGGGCACAGGGUGUGCGCGGGGUUUCUUGGCCGCUUUUGACACCGCCUGGAUGGUGAGGAGCUGGGCGCAGGGCCGCCCGCCCCUGGAGAUCCUGGCAGAGAGGGAAAGCCUAUACAGACUGUUGCCCCAGACAACACCUGAAAACAUUACCAAGAAUUUUGAACAGUACACCAUCGAUCCAGGAACCCGGUACCCCAAUCUCAACUCCAACUGUGUCAGGCCACACCAGGUGCGCCACCUGUACAUUACUGGGGAACUGCAACCCUGUUCCUUAGCACCAGCUGGCUCUGUGCGCAGAUCCGUUAAUUUCUCCCAGCGAGGGUCCAAUCCCGCAGACUCAGAGAUCAGACCCAACCGGCUGCUCGGCUGGUGUCAGAGGCAGACAGAAGGCUACAGAAACGUCAACGUGUCUGACCUCACGACCUCCUGGAAGAGCGGUCUGGCCCUGUGUGCCCUCAUUCACCGCUUCAGGCCCGACCUCAUAGACUUUGACUCCCUGAAAGAGGAGGAUGCAGCUGGGAACAGCCAGCUGGCCUUGGAAAUCGCCGAACGGGAGCUUGGCAUCUCACCCGCUGUCACGUGGAAGGAAAUGACAGCCAAUGAGGGUCCGGAUAAGCUGUGCAUGACCACGUACCUCUCCAAAUUUUACGAGAUGUUCCGGGGUACACCCACCACAGGUCCUAGGAGACAAGUGGAUGAAAACAAUGAGGACUAUUUCACAAAGUCAGCCAACUACAUUUACAACCUGAUGAACGCAGCACUGCCAAGGAAACGGGUACCAAAGGAUGACAAGAAGUUUGAGGACAACGACUCCACAAGCAAAAGAAGGCGAAGGGCCAACAGUUACUUAGAAGAGGCAACCAACUUCACCAGUCAGAGUGCAUCCUCUGGGGGCAUGGGUGGGGAAGUGAAAGAGAACAAAGUCAGGUCCAUGGCCACCCAGCUGCUGGCAAAGUUUGAGGACAACACCCCCAACUGCAUGCUCCGCAGAAAGUCUGGGUCUGACUUGGCUUGUGCUGAGAGUCUGUCCAGGCCUCUGUCUUUGGACAUGACAGAGAGUCCAUGCUUUGCCAGAAGCAAGGACCGAACCCCUCCUCCUCCUCCACCCAAGAGGCAGGUUCCGCUCCCCAGCGGCACGAAACACGUAGCGGAGCACACGGCUCCGCCCCCAGCCCCGCCCCCAACCCCGCCCAGCUCCAAACGCGUUCCUAGGAAACCCAAACCCGCGGCUCAAACAUGCGCACCGCCGCAGACGGGGUGCGAACACGACGCGGAUUACCCAGGGUACUCGGCUUCCUGCCACUCAGCGAUCCUGGCCAUGAGAGGGAUGCUCCAACGCCUGCAGCGGGUGGAGGAGGAGAUUAGCCAGAGGAAGGCGCAGACCCAGAACGCACGAGAGUUUCACAAAAAAAGUAUAAAGGAGAAGGCAGUGCACCUGAGCUCUAUGUUCUCGGGCUGCAAGGCCUCCCCGCCGCAGACUGAGAGACCCACACCUGUCCCCGUUUCCUCCGUGCCAAAAUGCACCUGGGCCCGCUCUGUCCCAGAAUCCUCUGCUUCUUCACAUUUUCCCUCCCAUGCCUCUUCAUCUUGUUCACAGGAACGCAAGUGCAAUGGCCCUGCAUAUGCGGUCUUUCAUAAACAAACUGAAUCAUGUGACUCCAAACAAACUCAAAGCUUACAUCCGUUGGCACAGAGGACUGUGGGGAAGGUGUCCUCAGUCAUAAGCGCAAAGGCCGAAACGCUUGUCACCCUCUACGAGAACGAUCACAGGCCUAAAGCAGCUGGUUCAUCUCUCUCACCGGGCGGCUCGCGGAAGGAGUUCCCACAGAACCUGGGGGGCAGCGACACGUGUCACUUUUGUGAGAAGCGCGUGUACGUGAUGGAGCGACUGGGCGCCGAGGGGUGCUUCUUCCACAGGGACUGCUUCCGCUGCCACGUCUGCGGCUCCGCCCUGCGUCUGGGGGGACACGCCUUCGAUUCCGAAGAAGGCAAAUUUUACUGCAAGGCGCACUUUGCUCAGCACAAAGCCAGUGUGAAGCACAAGAGGAGGACAGGUGACCUGCAGAAGGACGGCCGAGGGGCGGGGACCCGGGUGGGCUACCGGAGGUCGUCCCCCGACGGGACUGUCCCGCAGAGCUGCCCGCCAGGUACCCUGAGCUCGUUUCUUAGGCAACGGCUGCGCUGGCCGGUGCGCGUGACCCGGGCCGCGUGGGACGCCCCCCGGCGCCUAUCACGCUGGGCGCGCCGCGUCGUGCGCGCCACGGGCCGCCACCUGCGGGACAAUGCGGAGGAGUACGUCUUCCUGUACGAGCUCCUGAGCCUGGGCCUGCCCCUUCUCUGUGUGCUGCAGGAGGUCCUCAGCCAGAUGGGCUCAGAACCCCAGGUCCUCUCCCUCUAGGGCCGGCCCCCCCCAGCGGGCGGAGCCAGAGCUGGGCUGGGUGCCACGCUCACCUGAAACA